AUGGAGGAGGAUAACAAAUAUGUAGACCCUGAGAGCAUCUAUACAAACAUAGAUGACUACAAGAACCAGCCAAGAGUGCAUGAGAGAUCCUGCCAGGACACUAAAUUACAGAAACGAGGCUAUGAGGCUGCAUCUGAGGGGAGGCAGGCAUGCUCUGGAAACCCAGCUGCAGUGUGUUUGGGGCUGCUGUGUGUUCUCCUACUGGCUGUUAUCAUCGGCCUGGGAAUAAAACACGAUUCAGGCAGAGACCAGUUACAGAGAGGCUAUGACAACAUGACUAAGGAGAGAGACCGACUACUGGACAUUAACAAUAAUUUGACUUUAGAGAGAGACCAAUUACAGAGCAGUUAUGAUAACCUCACUAUGGAAAGAGAUGCAAUUCAGCAAAAACUGGAGAGGUGUUUUAAAGGUUGGAAGAAAUUUGGAAGCAGCUAUUACUACUUUUCUAAUGGGAGAAAGAACUGGGCUGAGAGCAGGCAGUACUGUAGAGAGAUGGGAGCAGAUCUGGUGAUCAUAAAUAGCAGAGAGGAGCAGGAGUUCAUUAAAGAGGCAAACAUAUAUACCUGGAUUGGUCUCAGUGAUGCACAAACAGAGGGGAACUGGAAGUGGGUGGAUGGGUCACGACUAACCACUGUAUACUGGAGGAAAGGAGAACCCAAUGAUGCUCAUAAAGAUGAAGACUGUGCUGUUUAUCUCAAUGAAGUUGUCUCUCUAAAUACGUGGAAUGACAUCCCCUGCUCAUACGAGGCAGGCUGGAUCUGUGAACUAUAG